AUGACGUACUACAGUGAGCUUGGACUGGGUCCGUCAGCGAGCCACCGUGCCGUCUGUACAGCAUACCGGCAGAAAGCGCUCCAAACUCACCCUGACAAGGGCGGUACUCACGAUGCCUACGUCCGGGUUCGCCAGGCCUUCGAGGUGCUGAGUGAUCAGAGGCUACGUGCAGAAUACGAUGCUGAGUUGAGAGCCGCAGGACAAGACGCCGAUGAGCCGACGUUCACGCCGACAGCUUCGGCCACAGGCUCCGGUGCACCAUCAGCCUCAACGGGGCAACCGCUCGCCUUGAUGGGUGACACACCUUGGCAGGAGGCUGCCAGGACAGUCGUUGGCAUGAUGGAUCUUCCAGAGUCUGCAUGGGCAGCUGCGCUGGAGCUGCAUACUGCAGAGGUCCUGGAAUGUUGCCGGAGGCAGCUGCACAGAUCACGGGAAGCGCCGAAUCUGCGUGGUCAAGCAGCCAAAGAGUCUGCCGCCGUCAAUGCUGAUGGCCCCGCCGUUCGAGGCCUCUACCAGACCAAGCGAGGCAGUUGGGAGGUCAGCCUGUCUAUACGCAAAGUCCAGUGCGCAAUCUUCAACGUUCACGACAUUGAAAGAGCGCACGAUUGGCAUGUGGCCCUCGUAGAGCUGCGCCGGAAGGUAGAUGAAAAAGCAAGAUCGGCUGCUUCGGAACGGGAAGCCUUCAGAGAAGCACUCGAAGAAACCUACGAGGCCGAUCCGGAAUUGAAGCUGGUUCUGAGCUUCCGGGUGAGCAUCAGGGAGGCGAAGAAAGUGAUCAACGGUCCUUUCACUCAUCGCCUCGAGACUGCUUUGCAGCUGCGGAACAGAGUGCAGCAGCUUCGGGACAUGCGCGGAUCGUCGCAAGACAUCGAUAAAGAGAUUCGGGAUGCCAAGACUUACGAAAAGAAGCAGAGGGAUCUUCAGAAAGCCAGACAGGCCGCCAUGUUGCAGGAGGUCUUGGCCGUCCUAGAGCACCUGCGGCGAGAGGAGGCAGCACGCCAGCGGCAAACGGCUCCUCUAGCGCUGCCGGCGCCGCCGGCCGAUGAAGCAUCGGAAGCACCGGAAGCCCCGGCGGCACCGGCAGCUCCUGAAGUCCCGCAGGCAGAGACCGACGGGCGGGAGGGACAGGCGGAAGGCUACGCCGUGCCGGUGAAGGGCUUUGCAAAGUUCUGCAGGGCCAUGUCAUUGUCAAAGCCGCAACGAGAACAACUUCUCAAGCGUGUACAGGAUGACAUGGAGGUGCAAAAUUGUAUUCGAGAGGCCAUUGUGCGCCACUGCGGAAACCUCCGUGGAGCUCCAGCUUUGAAGGACAAAGCCGUCAGUGUUCCAGCCAUUGCGGGCAGGAGUGAAAGAGGUUGCUCGGCCUUGGUGCCCUAUGGGCACGGGCACAGAGGAUCUCUCAGUGCUCCACGCAAGAAGGGGCUUCUUGAACUCUUGCUGGAGAAGCACGAGGGAGUCUUUUGCCCUGGCCUGCUCACCCUCUGCGAGUUAGUCAGAGUGACCACAACCAGCCGACGCGCCUACAGCGCGUCUGCCGGUGCAACAAAGCGCCAACUGGCGAAUUUUCGGAUUGCCGACUUCGGUCGGCAUACGGCGAGGUCAAAGCGUGGGCGCGCUCUGCCGGGAGGAGAGCUUCGUGAGUUGAGAAUGCUGCGAGAAUGCCUGCGCACAAGGCGAUUCGCCCUGCAGAUCCAGCACUUGGAUCUGUCAACUCUGGAGAUGUCCUCCAUCAGCAAGCAGGACUUCCAAUACAUGUUGGGAUGUCUGCCGAACUUGGUGUCAGUCAUCUUCCCCAGUAAAGGCUGGGCAGGGACUCUUCAGCUGCGUACCUUUGUGAAUAUCGCAAAGUCGCUGAAGGUCAGCAUUGGGGCAUUGAAGAGCGAUUACAUUAUUCUGCGUGGUGCAGCGCAGAGGCCGGAUGAACCCAGGCCAGCGCAAGCCGUCGCAGCAGGUGCCAGCGCGCCGAGCAGAAAGCGACCUCGUGCGGAGGUUGCAAACGAGCCCCGUCCUCGCAGAUCCAGACGCGAGGUACAGACAGACAGUGACGCCUUGGGCUUUCGUGCCGCGGCGGAAGACCUCCGACGGUCCUCCGGUAGAGACAUCCUGGUGACUUCCUAUACUCCGCCUGUGGUGGGUCAGGCCUCAGUUGGCCGAACGGCACCGCUCCCCGAAUUGGCCGAAACACCAGAGCUGCAACCCGCGGUUCAGGCGUUGCGGUCGGGAGGUUUGAGACGCAGGAACACAGAGAAAUCAGAGAAUCAGCGAGAUUCAGACCGGCAAGACCGGCAAGACCGGCAAGAACGGCAAGCUGGUAGUCACAGUUUCUGGUGGCCGGAACGGCACUGA